AUGCUCGCUGUCUGUCACGGCACCCCCUCCAUGGUCGAGCUGCUUCUCAGGCUAGGGGCCGACCCCAAUGUGCGCGCGGGACACGGCGACCGACAUGGCACAACCGCGCUCAUGCACGCAAUCAGGAUGCGAAAGCGCGAGGCGUUUUCGCUUCUUAUGGAUGCCGGCGCAGACAUUCACCAGCAUACGGACGGAGAAUGUGCGGCAUAUCAUCUCCUCACGCCACGCGCCGUCGUCGACUCGUGCUCGGGGGAGAUCUGGACCGAGCUGCUCAAGGCCGGCGCCGACGUGGGCAGGCCCGUCUGGCUUCGCGACCACAGGGGUACCCAGUACACUAUUCUCGAGCAGGCUGUCCACGAAGCGUUUUGGGGAAACAGUCGCCCGCUGGACCUGAUACGGGACCAUGCGCAGGGGGUUGAUCCCGUGGUGCUCGAACGGGCGUACGGCUUUCUAAAGGGCACGAUGCGCUGGCACGACUGCACAAUGGCCGAUGUGCGAGCGGCGCUGCGUUGGAAAGCAAAGCCAAAAGCAAAAAAGGUUCGUUUCAACCUCGACUGUGUAGAAAAGUAG